GUGUCAGGUUUCAAAUUUUAAAACUGUAUUUCUUUGCAGGUUGCCUCAGUCACAGAAUAUGGAGCUUUUGUGAAAAUCCCAGGCUGCAGGAAGCAAGGUCUGGUCCACAAAAGUCACAUGUCAGCAUGCAGAGUGGACAAUCCCUCUGAGAUUGUAGAUGUUGGCGAGAAUGUGUGGGUCAAAGUCAUUGGGAAAGAGACAAAAGAUGACAAGUUAAAGCUUUCUUUCUCUAUGAAGCUUGUAAACCAAGGAAAUGGAAAAGACCUUGACCCAAACAAUGUUGCACUGGAUCAGGAUGAUAGGAAAAAACGUGAAUUCCGUGAUUAUGGGAGUCAAAAAAUAGUCCUGGAAGCAGUUCUAAACACAGUAUGCAAAAAGUGUGGCUGUAAAGGUCAUUUUUCCAAAGACUGUUUCAUGCAGCCAGGAGGGACAAAAUACACCUUGGUUCCUGAAGAAGAUGAAGAAGAGGACAGAGAGGAAAAGUCUAAACCGUCUGAAGAAAAACCCAAGAAGAAAAAAAAGGAAAAGGAACGGAAGAGAAAAAGAAGAGAGAAAAAGUCUUCAAACUCAUCUCAGGAUGACAGCUCAGAUUCCACAGACGAGGAAUGCUCUGAUGUCAAGCAGAGAAAGCAUUCAGAGAAACAUCAUAAAUCCCACAAAAAGAAAAAGAAACAUAAAAAGUACAAGCACAAGGAAUCAGUGAAGUAGUCAUCAAGACCAACUCUACACAUUCGUGUAUACACACACACGUGCACACGUGUGUAUGUAUAUGUGCAUGAGAUAUAUAUAUUUUUUUAAUUGUAGUGGGGCUUUCUGCUUAAUGGCCACACUCCAGUUUUCUUGCAUUACAACCUUAUGGGAGAAGUGCAUGUUGCUGUAAUUGAGUACCUUUAGGAAAAUAAAGAGGCUCACAGAAACAAAA